GACCCCAGCAAAGAUGAGGGCAGCCAUUCGGUGUCCUCGCAGGGAACAACUUUAGGACGAGUUUCGCGACUUUUCUGGGUCAUUUACCCCCGGCAGGGUUCCUGCAAGCAGCCGGCUCCGGAGCGGCCAGAGCAUGACCCCGCCUUCCGCCCGCAGGGGCGGAGCCUGAGCGAGGAGUCCGCGAGCUGCUUGCUCUCCACGGAUGACGACAGCCAGGAGAAUAUGGAGUCGGGCAAGAUGGCGCCUCCCAAGAACGCUCCGAGAGAUGCCUUGGUGAUGGCACAGAUCCUGAAGGACAUGGGAAUCACAGAGUAUGAACCAAGGGUUAUAAAUCAAAUGUUGGAAUUUGCUUUCCGAUAUGUUACUACAAUUCUGGAUGAUGCAAAGAUUUAUUCAAGCCAUGCUAAGAAACCUAAUGUUGAUGCAGAUGACGUGAGACUGGCAAUCCAGUGUCGUGCUGACCAGUCUUUUACCUCUCCGCCCCCGAGAGAUUUUCUGCUGGAUAUUGCAAGGCAGAAAAAUCAAACCCCUUUGCCACUGAUUAAGCCAUAUGCAGGACCUAGACUACCACCUGAUAGAUACUGCUUAACAGCUCCAAAUUAUAGACUGAAGUCCUUAAUUAAAAAGGGACCUAACCAAGGAAGACUAGUUCCACGGUUAAGUGUUGGUGCUGUUAGUAGCAGACCUACCACUCCUACUAUAGCAACCCCACAAACAGUCUCUGUCCCAAAUAAAGUUGCAACUCCAGUGUCAGUGACAAACCAAAGAUUUACGGUGCAGAUUCCGCCUUCUCAGUCCACACCUGUCAAACCAGUUCCUGUGACAACUGCAGUGCAAAAUGUUCUGAUUAAUCCUUCAAUGAUUGGGCCCAAAAAUAUUCUUAUUACCACCAACAUGGUUUCAUCACAGAACACAGCCAAUGAAUCAAACCCUCUGAAGAGAAAACAUGAAGAUGAUGAUGACAAUGAUACUAUGUAAGAAAUAUAGUCUUAAGUCUAGAUGCAUUUAAAAAGUGUAGUUUUGAGCCCAUAUACUGUACUAGAACAUUCUAGGUUUUCUUAAGUUUUGUCAUAGAAAACUUAAAUGUAGUUGCAGUAUUUUUCACAUUAGUUAAAAUUUAAUUUGUUUAAAGAGUACAAGUGGUUUUUUUUUAUUAUGCUUUCAAACACAAAAUUUAAGUACUUACUUCUUAAUAGUUUCAUUAAGCUGAGUCCUACCAAUGGCAGUUCUAUUUGGGGAAAGUUUUCUGUUAUGUAUCACUGACAAUAGCACCUAAGUUUCAGUUUCUACAUCCUAGUCAGUGAGCUAAUGUUACUUACAUUUAAAUUCUUAUUUAAAUUCUUUUGUAAGGUAAAAUAGUUUUGUUGUCACUGACUUUUUUGACCAAAUCUCUCAAUUUAGGAAACAUUUUUUGAAAUAAUGGCUUUAAAGAAGUUCUAAACCCAUUUUGAAUGUAUUUGUUUCUUGGUCUUCCCAAACUUCUUACAUCAACUCUUUCUAGAUAACGUUUUUCUGUACCCUCCAUAGUCGUAAAUUUCUCCCUAUUGCCCAUAAGUUUUAAAGACCGUAACUGGAAUCUUUAAAAUACCAUUUCUGAUAUACAGCUCAGCAUCAUUUUCAUAUUUUUAAAAAAUACGCUGAUGUUCUGUGGUUCACUGGAACCUGAAGGUUCAAGUUUCCAUUUGCUCUUAAUUUUUCACUCCAUGCCACAGUACUGCCUUUCUUGCCUGUUAAGCUUUACUCUGCUUUUGACAGGUAGUUUGGGAUCAGUUACAUUCACUGUAUGACAACUUGGUAACUCCAACAUAUUUCACAUUUUUAAAUUUAUUUGAGAUGCUAUAGCUUAAAAUCUGCCUUGGUAAGUAAUUUACACUGGACCUAAACAGAACCACUGAAGAGCAAGUAUUUUCUUACCACAUGCUUGUAUGCUUUGCUUACUACUGCUUGACCCCUCCUAUUGCUAUAAAAUUCAGAUCAUGUUUUAGCUUGUUGAUGAGGAUGCAAUACAUAAAAUGGAAUCAAACCUGAAAGUAGACUCUUAAUAUUUCUCCUUCUUUGGUGAUGCCAAUAAGGAAAAAAAACUAGUGGCAUGUGACUAUGUUUAGGUGUACUUUUCAUAGGUUUCCCAGUAAUGUUGCUAAACACCUUCCCCUGUUUUCCAUUUAUACACAUCUAAAAGUCUUAUUAGGAAUAAGAUUGCAAAACUUUUGGUUUAAGUAAGUUCACAUACUUGACAUACUUAAGUAUUUAAGUAGUUUUCUAAAAAAAUCUUCGUAAUUUAGAAUUUGUAGCCAAGGAUCCUCAAAACUUAAAUCAUAAGUUUCAUCUUAAGAUGGUGCUUGAUGCAUCUGAGAAACAGUCCAGUAACAGGACAGAAAUGUCUCAUUAGUUUGAAUGUUCAGGAAUGUUAGGGAAAGGUGAUUUAAAAUUUUAUACAAACAGAUCUGAUGAAUAUCAUAGGAGAAAUGUGCAUUAUAUAGCAUGGAUAUCAUUACUUGAAUGUUCUCAGGGAGGCACCAUAUCAGAAGGCCUAGGUUCUAAUCCUGGCUCCAUCAUUUACCAGCUGUGUGACCUUACUUCACCUCUGAGCCUUGUUCUCCUCACUAGUGAUAGGAAAAUAACACCCUGCCUACCUCACAGGGAUGUUGUGAGGGUUUAAUUGGUAUAUGUGAAAGUUAUUUCAAAAUGGUAAAAUGCUAUAUAAGGAAUUAAUGUAUUUGUUUCAAGGUUAUUAAUAAAAGUGUAAGCUUAUCAGUGUCUUUCACUUCUUGUUCAAGGAGGGUAUAUAAGGCAUAGUAUUCCUGAGGGCCAGAAAGCAAUUAAGAUCUAGCUGGGUGCUGGUGAUUCAUGCCUAAAAUACUAGCUACUUGGGAGGCUGAGAUCAGGAGCAUAGCAGUUUGAGGCCAGCCCGGGGAAAUGGUUUGAGAC